AUGACCGAUCCCAACGCAUCAUUCCAUAGUCAGCAUGAGGAUGAGUCCUUUUCUGAUCAUCCAGAAUCAGCAGAUGGUACUCUUAUUAUUGUGGUCUGUAAAGCUAGACAUUUACCAAAUAGAAGAACCUUGGAUAAACAAUCACCGUAUGUCACGUUAAGAAUAGGUACGUUGGCUAAGAAGACUACUGCUGAGUUUAGAGCUGGCCAAAGACCAACUUGGAGUCAAGAGCUUCGAUUUGAUUUAACAAGAGAUCGAAGACCUAUAAUGAAAGUUGAUGUUUUAGAUGAUUGUAAAGCUGAACCAACUCCAAUUGGGAAUUGUGAAAUUGAUUGUUCAAUGAUCUUUUCCGAUGAUAAAUUGGAAAACAAUAAAUAUAUUCAUGAUGAUUGGUAUGAUUUAAGUCAAAAUGGUAGAAGAGCAGGUCAAAUCUAUUUAGAAAUGACAUUUUAUCCUUCUGCUCCAGUAGUUCCUCCAAAAGUCCCUGAAUCAAAUUGGAGUGCAAGUCAACAACAUACCCGACCUAUAUCACCUCAAUAUCCUUCAUAUAAAGCUACUUCACCACCUUCACCACCACCGGACUCACCUCAACGAAGUAAUAAUAAUAAUAAAUCGGUGGUUGAUGAAGUUUUCAUUAGCUCAUUGAAUUCAGAUAAAUCAAAACGAUCAUCGUUAUUCAUGAGAAAUUCAAAUACUAGUACUGCAACUACCAAUACCGCUCAUUCAGAAGUAUUCGUCAAUAAUAAUAAAGAUGAUAGUGACUUAAAAGGGGGUAAAAAAUACUUAUCAAAGUUUAAUAAAUUAAAAGAUCGAUUUGCUGUAAAGGAACCUAUUGGUAAAUUAUGGUCCGAUUUACCAUCUAGUAUAAAUAAAUUAUCUACUAAACCUUCAUCCCCACCACCAGAUCAUCUUUCCAUAUCGCCUAUAAGUUCAUAUGGAGGUAUGGAUCAAAAUGAGUAUGAUGAAGAAGAUCUUGAUAAAUUAAGAAAACAAAUGCAACCCAGUGAUGAUGAAGAUGAAGAUCCGGAUGAAAUUGAAUUCAUAAAACCUCCAAGUCCACCUCCACAUACAUCUAAACCAUCCUCACCUCGAAGAAGAAAACCACCCAUAGAUUAUAGUACUACUGUUCCAACUCCAACUUCACCUGGUAAAAUCCCAUUUUCAGCUGAUUCCAUUGGUGUUUUCAAUGAUGAUAUAAGUGACACAUUAAGUGAUAAAUUCGAAGGUUUACCAACUAGUGUAUAUAAUUCAUCAUCAUAUCUUAAACCGCAUACUUUAAAUCCUAAUGAAAUAGAUCCAAAAAAUUAUGCUCCUACUCCAGAUGAACAUUUAAAUAGACGAUUAAAAUUACAAAAUGGAAGAGGAGUAACUAAAGAAGAUUUAAAGAUAGAUUUAAGAACUGAUAUGACGGGAUAUUUGGGGAAUGGGAAGUUUUCCCCAAGUGUGUUUCAAAGAGCUGUGGGACAUAAUUAUGAUGAUGAGAUUGAAAAUAGAGGUAAUAAACCUCAAGUUCCACCUAAGAUUCCUCAAGGAUUGACGGAAGUGGAAUAUUAUGCGAUUGAAAAGGAUAAAUAUUUAAAAGAUCUUAAUGGAAAACGAUUUUAG